GGUGCCACCGCUCCGCGCCUCCGCGGCAGUCGCGGAUCAACCAGGCGGGAGGAGGAGGAGGAGGAGGUCGUUGCUGCCGCCGGCCGCUGGCCAUGGCGCUGGUCACCGCCCCGCUGCCGCCGCUGCUGCUGCUGCUGCUCCUGCUGCUCCACUGGCCGGCGCCGGCGCCCGCUGACGUCAGCCCGGGCGGCGUGCUGUACCCGCGCGAGUCGGAGACACGCGACGUGCGCUCGCUCGACGGCAUCUGGAACUUCCGCCUCGCCUCCGAGACCGACCCGCUCGCCGGAUUCACGCACAAGUGGUUCGACAGCGACCUCGCGCAGACUGGCGAGACCAUUCCCAUGCCGGUGCCGUCCAGCUACAAUGACGUCACCCAGGAGAAGAGCGUGAGGGACCACCUGGGGCUGGUUUGGUACGACAGGACGUUCUACGUGCCGGAUGCGUGGCGCGAGAAGAAGAGCCGCGUGUGGCUGCGUUUCGGCAGCGUCAACUACGCUGCGCAAGUGUGGGUGAACGGACAACUUGCAGUGGUCCACGAAAUCGGCCAUCUUCCCUUCCAAGCAGAAAUCACGCCUGCCGUCAAGUUCGGGGCCAAGAACAGAGUGACCGUCGUGGUUGACAACACCUUGCUGCAGACGACGGUCCCCCAAGGGCGCAUCGACAGCAUCGACACAGACAAUGGGACAAGGGCUGUACAGUCAUACACAUUUGAUUUUUUCAAUUACGCUGGUAUUCAUCGUCCUGUUCAUCUGUAUACAACACCAGCUAUAUUCAUUGAUGACAUCAGUGUGAACACCGACAUUGAAGGAGAUUUGGGUGUCGUGUUUUACAACAUCAGUUAUGGAGGUUAUAUACAGCCUGCAUCAGAACCUACAUGCUACGUCGAUCUCCUGGACAAAGAUGGAAAUAUUGUUGUGGCAGAUAACGGCCAAGGAGAUCUUCAAGGUCGCCUGGAUGUGCCUAACGCUAAAUUGUGGUGGCCGUAUCUGAUGCAUGAGAAUCCAGGGUAUCUCUACACUUUACAGGUCCGUCUCAAAUCUAAUGAAUGGGGCACUGAAGACGUAUACAGACUCCCCAUUGGAAUUAGAAAAUUAGAAUGGAAUGAAACAAGUUUUCUAAUAAAUUCAAAGCCCAUAUAUUUACGAGGAUUUGGAAGGCAUGAAGAUUCAGAUAUUCGAGGAAAAGGCUUGGAUUACCCUCUGAUAAUCAAAGAUUACAAUCUCAUAAAAUGGAUUGGAGCAAAUUCGUAUCGAACAUCUCACUAUCCUUACGCAGAAGAAAUUAUGGAUCAAGCGGAUCAGCAGGGGAUCCUGAUUAUUGAUGAAUGUCCUAGCGUUGACACAGAAUACAUAGUGGAGUAUGUUAAGAGUUUAGAUACUACACGUCCAGUAACAAUGGCGACAGCACGUGGUUUCAGUGAAGACAAAGCGGCUCGAUUCAUGGACAUUAUUGGUUUUAACCGAUAUAAUGGCUGGUACAGCAAUCCAGGGAAAAUUGACACGAUAAAGAAGAACGUUCAACUUGAAGCUGAAAGCUGGUUCUUCAAAUUUAGAAAACCAAUAUUUAUGACUGAAUAUGGAGCUGAUACUAUGCCAGGACUUCAUUUCGACCCAGAUUACAUCUGGUCAGAGGAAUACCAAAUAGCAUUAAUGUCUGAACACUUCAAAGCAUUUGAUGCACUACGUGAACAAGGGUUCUUCAUUGGUGAAAUGAUAUGGAACUUCGCUGAUUUUAAAACAGCACAAACUUACACACGAGUCGGUGGAAACAAAAAGGGAAUAUUCACACGGGACCGACAACCCAAAUCAUCGGCCCAUCACUUACGACGCCGCUAUUGGGCAUUAAGUGAAGAAAUAGAAGGCACUACAAGACAAACAGUGGAUAAUUACAUUAUUUCUUCACAGACAUUGGACAAGACUGAACUGUGAACUUCUGAAGUGUGUUUGUGAGAUAUGUAUUUCUUACUGUGUGAUAGUAGUUUUAGGUUUUGCGAUUAAAUGAUUUCCUUUUUAUUUAUACAUUUCAUGGAAUUUCUUUUAUGUAGCAAAUCAAUAUUUUCCUCCCGUAAAAACUUAACUUCAAUAAUUGUUAUUUACAAACCUAAACAAUUUAUAACAAAACAUUGGUCACAUUGAUUAAAUUAUUUUAGAACCCAAACAUGAAACAUGGUGGCCACAUUUUCUGGAGCA